AUGAAAACUAAUAAGUUUAGCAUUUUAGUUGAUGAAUAUACAGAUAGAUUUGAUGAGAAACACCUAGCAGUAGUUGCCAGGACUUGCACUGGCAUUUAUGAAGUCCUUGAUGAAUUUUUGUGCCUUUUAAAUGUAGUAGAUGGAACUGCAAUUGGCCUUUACAACUUACUAACAGACUUUUUUAAACAACAUAAUAUUCCCUUCAAAGAAAACAUGGUAGGAUUUGCGGCAGAUGGCACAAAUACAAUGAUGGGAGUUAAAAAUUCAUUGCAGGCUCAUUUGAAAAAUGACAUUCCAAAUCUUUUUGUAAUGAAGUGCAUUUGUCAUUCCCUAGCUCUCUGUGCAUCUUAUGCCUGUGAGAAAUUGCCGAAUGAUGUUGAAGAAUUAGUAAGAAACAUAUAUUCUUAUUUUAAGUAUAGUUCUAAGCGCCAACAAAAAUUUAAAGACUUCCAAAGAUUUGUUGAGGUUAAGCCUCAUAAAUUGUUAAAACCCAGCCAGACUCGCUGGCUUUCUCUUCAUGCAUGUGUAAAAAGAAUACUGGAACAAUAUUCAGCUCUCCAUUUGUAUUUCCAAGGUGAAUGUUUGAUAGACAACUCUGCCAAAACUAUUUAUGAGAAACUAACACCAAUAAACAAACUCUAUUUCCAGUUUCUAGACCACAUUUUACCUAUUUUGACUGAUAUGAACAUAGAGUUUCAGUCUGAAAAGCCUAAAGUGCAUUAUCUUUACAACAAAAUUGAAACUGCUUACAAAACAAUUUUGGACUAUUACAUUGAACCAAAAUAUUUCACGUCUAAAGAUGUAACUGAAUUGCAAUACAGAAAUCCUUUUUAUUACAAUGACAUUGACAAGGUGUACUUUGGCCCCCAGUGUGCAGCUUCAAUUAACAAGCCAGGUGUAGGACUUCUAGAAGAUCAGAUAAAAAGUUUUAAAAUUAACUGUUUAAAUUUUUAUGUUGAAUGUGCACAUCAAAUUUAUACACGGUUUCCAUUUAAGAGCAGUUAUAUACAAUCUCUAAAGGAACUCAUGUUUUUGGAUCCUGAAAAAAAAAAAAGAGGUCCAGUCCUUGUCUACCACAGCAAAAGCUUUUGA